CCUGACGAUUCAUGGUCUACCUCAUCUAGCGAAGACUUAGAUUUUGGUACCAAGAGUAUGUCUGAGAAGCCCAACAUAUAUGUUCCUCAUGUCUCUGGAGCUGUGGAUCAGAAAGGGCAAAGUAUAUUAAAUGGACAAGUAGAAGGAGCAGAUAAGAAUGCUGAGGAAGAUUCUAGAGCCAGGCUUUCUGACAAACCUGGUCCUGACGAUUCAUGGUCUACCUCAUCUAGCGAAGACUUAGAUUUUGGUACCAAGAGUAUGUCUGAGAAGCCCAACAAAUAUGUCCCUCAUGUCUCUGGAGCUGUGGAUCAGAAAGGGCAAAGUAUAUUAAAUGGACAAGUAGAAGGAGCAGAUAAGAAUGCUGAGGAAGAUUCUAGAGCCAGGCUUUCUGACAAACCUGGUCCUGACGAUUCAUGGUCUACCUCAUCUAGCGAAGACUUAGAUUUUGGUACCAAGAGUAUGUCUGAGAAGCCCAACAAAUAUGUCCCUCAUGUCUCUGGAGCUGUGGAUCAGAAAGGGCAAAGUAUAUUAAAUGGACAAGUAGAAGGAGCAGAUAAGAAUGCUGAGGAAGAUUCUAGAGCCAGGCUUUCUGACAAACCUGGUCCUGACGAUUCAUGGUCUACCUCAUCUAGCGAAGACUUAGAUUUUGGUACCAAGAGUAUGUCUGAGAAGCCCAACAAAUAUGUCCCUCAUGUCUCUGGAGCUGUGGAUCAGAAAGGGCAAAGUAUAUUAAAUGGACAAGUAGAAGGAGCAGAUAAGAAUGCUGAGGAAGAUUCUAGAGCCAGGCUUUCUGACAAACCUGGUCCUGACGAUUCAUGGUCUACCUCAUCUAGCGAAGACUUAGAUUUUGGUACCAAGAGUAUGUCUGAGAAGCCCAACAAAUAUGUCCCUCAUGUCUCUGGAGCUGUGGAUCAGAAAGGGCAAAGUAUAUUAAAUGGACAAGUAGAAGGAGCAGAUAAGAAUGCUGAGGAAGAUUCUAGAGCCAGGCUUUCUGACAAACCUGGUCCUGACGAUUCAUGGUCUACCUCAUCUAGCGAAGACUUAGAUUUUGGUACCAAGAGUAUGUCUGAGAAGCCCAACAAAUAUGUCCCUCAUGUCUCUGGAGCUGUGGAUCAGAAAGGGCAAAGUAUAUUAAAUGGACAAGUAGAAGGAGCAGAUAAGAAUGCUGAGGAAGAUUCUAGAGCCAGGCUUUCUGACAAACCUGGUCCUGACGAUUCAUGGUCUACCUCAUCUAGCGAAGACUUAGAUUUUGGUACCAAGAGUAUGUCUGAGAAGCCCAACAAAUAUGUCCCUCAUGUCUCUGGAGCUGUGGAUCAGAAAGGGCAAAGUAUAUUAAAUGGACAAGUAGAAGGAGCAGAUAAGAAUGCUGAGGAAGAUUCUAGAGCCAGGCUUUCUGACAAACCUGGUCCUGACGAUUCAUGGUCUACCUCAUCUAGCGAAGACUUAGAUUUUGGUACCAAGAGUAUGUCUGAGAAGCCCAACAAAUAUGUCCCUCAUGUCUCUGGAGCUGUGGAUCAGAAAGGGCAAAGUAUAUUAAAUGGACAAGUAGAAGGAUCAGAUGAGAAGGCUGAGGAAGACUCUAUAACCAGGCUUUCUGACAAACCUGGUCCUGAUGAUUCAUGGCCUACAUCAUCUAGCCAAGUCUUACAUUUUGGUACCAAGGAAGGAACAGCAAAGUCAGCAAUGGAAGCAAAGGGAGAUGGUGUUGGUAUUAUUGAAAAUGUGCCACCCAAGCAAACAGUUAAUGACAGUUUGACUUCUGCUGGUGGAGUGCAUAAAAAUUAUAGAAGUGAUAUCAUGUCAGCAUUAGAAUUAGGAGAAGAGGAAGAUGUAGAAUCACCUUCUCUUCCUGAGUAUCAAGUUCCAUUAAAGGUUGAAGAAAAAGAAGCACAGAGGAAGUGACAUAGAAGUAUCAGAAAACAUACAUGAUGCUGCGGCUGCUGGAUUAAUUCCACAAAGACAGAAUGGAAAAACUGAUAACCAUCAAUUGCCUAUUACAGAAAAUAAAGAUUCUGAUAGGUAA